AAAGUUUAACUGAACUCCCAGACAACAUCUCUUUGUUAUCAUCAUUGUUGUUGAUAACCAUUCAUGACACUAAUAUCAUGACCUUUCCAGAAAGCAUUAAGAAUCUUCCUCGGCUCAAACUUCUUUUUAUUCGUCACUGUGAAAGGUUACAACUUGUACCAGAGCUUCCACCUUCCCUUCAAGCUUUUAAGGCCUGGGACUGCAGAUCUUUGAGGACAGUGUCAAGUUCGAGAGAACAAUUAAAAAGACAGCAGGGUACUACUUUUGCAUUCCUGAACUGUGUGAAGUUGGAGGAAGAGUCAUGCUUUACCAUUUUGAAGGAUGCCAUUGUUAGGGCUGAAGCACAACAACUAUCACCAACAUUAGAAGAAAACAGAAAUGAAGAAUUCAUUGUUGAUUAUGGUGAUAGUUUUCUUAGUGAGCAUGACGUCAGUGUUGGCAAGGUUUGUUAUUUCUUGCCAAUUAGAGGAAGUAAACUUGAUGACUUGUUCCAUCAUUGCUCUUCACAAAAUUCCAUCAGCAUUCAAUUGCCGCUAAGUUCCAAUUUCUCUGGUUUCAUUUUCUACUUGGUUGUUCCUCCGAUACAACCAUGUGAUAAGGGUGACAUUGAAAUGAGUUUUGGCUUUGAAUGUUACUUGGAAACAAGUUGGGGUCAGAGGAUCCAUAAAGCAAGUUUGUCCUCACUGAGGUGGAGAAACUGUGUUUACAUUGGAUUUCAGAUGAAUCUUUUGUCGGAUCAUGUGCUAUUGUGGUAUGAUUCGCAAUGCUGUAAGCAGAUAAUGGAAAUAAUCAGAAGAAGAAAGGCCAUUGAUGAUGAUGACCAGAAUGCAAAUCUGGAAGUUAAGUUCUUUGCUCGGCUACCAAACAAGGAGCAAGUGGCGAUAAAAGCGUGCGGCAUCCGUUGGAUAUACCCAAAUAUGGAGGAGGAAUCAAGAGGGUGCAGAUUCAAGAGAAGCAGGGAUGUUUUUGAGUUAGAAGCCAUUGCAUCUCCACAUAAAGAAAAGGGGUUCGAAUCUGAUGAUGAAGGGGAAGAACUAGUUCCUCCAGCAAAGAAAUUUAAGCAUAGCUUAACGGAAGUUGAAUCAGUAGAAAACUUGAGGAAAAAACUUGAACAACUUUUGCACAUUCAAUUUGAUGGAGGCUCUCUUAGCGCGGAGAUCAAAUUGGGGUACAAUGUGUACUCCAUUUACAAUUAAUUCUUAUGAGCAAUUUCAGUUUAAAGGUACAUAUUUUGAUUACAUUCCUU